AUGGUUAGGAAGGUCCACAUCGCCUGUGGCAACACUGCUCGUGUCUCCUCCGCCUGCAUCAGUAUCCAGACAGACAACCUGACCAUGGACGCUUCUACCCAGAUUCUGGGCAUUCCUGGCCUGGAGGCUGCCCAUGUCUGGAUCGCCAUCCCCUUCUGCACCAUGUACUUCAUAGCUGUCUUGGGGAACUUCAUCAUCCUGUUCAUUGUGAAGACGGAACCAAACCUCCAUGAGCACAAGUACUAUUUCCUUUCCAUGCUGGCCAUCACCGACCUGGUCCUGUCCACAUCCACCCUGCCCAAAAUGCUGAGCAUCUUUUGGUUCAGUUCCAGGGAGAUCGAUUUCAGUGCCUGCCUCACCCAGAUGUAUUUCAUUCACUGCAUCUUAGUGAUGGAGUCUGGGAUCUUCGUGGCCAUGGCAUUUGAUCGCUACGUGGCCAUCUGCAGUCCCCUGAGACAUUCCACCAUACUGACAUACCCUGUUGUGGCCAAGAUCAGACUGGCCUUGGUGUUGGGUGGCAUCAUGUUCAUACUGCCCUAUCCCUUCCUCACAAGGCAAUGGCCAUAUUGCAGAACCAACAUCAUCCCCCACUCUUACUGCGAGUACAUAGCUGUGGUGAAGGUGGCCUGUGGCGACACUCGUGUCAGUAGUUACUACAGUCUCUUUAUGCCGGGAAGCGAACAGUCCAGCGAAUCAAACCACUGUAACUGGGUCCUUGCCAUCCACAUGCUCUACAGCAAAGGGCUGGCUUAG